AUGGCGACACCGUUUUCUUCUGUCUCGGCUCACUCGAGCCCCGCGCACCAACUACCCCUGAUCAAGCCUUCUCAUAAACCCAAACCCGCCAGCGUCAUCCUUCCUCCGAUAUCUCGCUCUCAGCUGCUAGGGAUCCGACUUCCAGUCUCUAGAAUCUCGGUUCCUAGGGUUACAACGCGGUAUACGGUCCCCGAUAUAGUCACAUCGUCAAGUAAACACCCCGAUGUCUUGACUAGAUUAAGAGGAGAGGCUGUUAGGCCAGUAGUUGCUGCGAGGUGCAGUCCGGUACCGCAUUGCGGCAAUGGGGGUGAAUGUGAGAGCAAGAGGCAUAGGAGGGUCGUUCGGUCGCUAGCGUCGUCGUCCGAUUCCGAGUCGUGGACGACGGUUGUCGGCGGAGCAAGCGACAGCGACGCAGCUAGUGCGACGCGUGCGACGGGCUCGGCGACGAGCGGUGGCCAGGAACAGGCUUUGUCGCAGGAUGGAUCGCACGCGCAAGUCAAGGCGGAGGGAGGGAGAGCGGGAGUGAAUGGUCAGGUGGAGGGGUUUAGAGCGGUGGAUGGAGGUUUGGAGGGGGGAGAGGAAGACGACGAGGAAGAAUGGGAAGAGGAGGAGGAGGAGGGUGAGGAGGAGGAUGAGGAGGAUGAGGAGGAUGGAGAGGAGGAGGAGGAUGAAUGGGAGGAGGAGGAGGAAGAGGAGGAGGAGAGUGAGGAGGAGAGGAGGGAGAGGAGGCAGCAGUCGGAGCAAUGGCUGCUGAAUUUCGACCAGCUCGGUUCCACAGGUGAGCGUUUCGGUUCCACAGGUGAGCGUUUCGGUUCCACAGGUGAGCGUUUCGGUUCCACAGGUGAGCGUUUCGGUUCCACAGGUGAGCGUUUCGGUUCCACAGGUGUGCGUUUCGGUUCCACAGGUGUGCGUUUCGGUUCCACAGGUGAGCGUUUCGGUUCCACAGGUGUGCGUUUCGGUUCCUCGGUGCCGGUAUCCGCGCUGGACGCGCAGCAGCUGCGCCUCUUCUUCGCGGAGUCGCUGGCGCGCAGCAGCCGCGCGGGCGCGGGGGAGGAGGUGGAGGCGCGCAUGGCGGAGAUGCGCCGCCUGGGCCUCCGGGCGGGCGCGCGCGCGCACCACGCGGCGGUGGUCGUGCACACGGCCAAGGGGGACCUCUUUGAAGCGCGUCGAGCCUUGCGCCGCAUGCUAAACAGCGGGGUGUUUCCGCUGUACGAGACGCUGGUGGCGGUGCUGCGGCUGAGCGGGCGGAGGGGGCAGGUGGCGGAGGGGGAGGGCAUCCUCGCGCUCAUGGGCGAGCUGCAACUCAACCAGCGCGCGGCGUGGGUUGUCCUCAUCGAGGAGCUAUUCGCCUCAGGCUCCCACGCGGAAGGGAAAGCUUUGCUCCUACGAGGAGUGGAGGACGGGCUGUGGCCCACAGCGGGGUUGAUAGACGCCGUGGUGGAGGGCAGCUGUCGGGAGGGAAGGCAUGCGGAUGCUCAUGACGUGAUGAACGCCCUGGAGCAGAGGGGAUGGACGCCCGCUACGUUCCACCACAACUGCGUGCUCAUGAGCAUGGUGGGUGGGGCGUGUGUGAGGCGUGGCGUAUCUGUGGUUCGUGGGGCGUGGUGCUCCUCCCCCCUUGCUUUCUUGUUAGCAAUCAACCAACCCCUCUCAAACAUUGCUGUGUCUCAACACCACCCCCUCCUCCCUCCCCUGGCCCCUCCUCCCUCCCUUCAGAGCAAGGCAGGGGUGCCGGACAUAGCAGUGCAGAAGCUGGAAGCAAUGGUGGAGGAGCAACACUACACCCCUCAAACCCCACCUUUCUCCCGUCCCUUGUCAACUAUCACUCCUGCCCACCCCCCUCCUCCCCUCAACCAGAGCAAGGCGGGUGUGCCGGACAUAGCAGUGCAGAAGCUGGAAGCAAUGGUGGAGGAGCAACGCGAGAAGAUGUGUGGGAGGAGGUUUUGUAAUGCUUCAUGUGUAUCAUACGUAUGCCUCAUGUGCAUCAUUCAUGUGUCCCAUGUGCUUCAUGUGCAUGCUAUACACCCAAUGUGUGCAGAGGGGUUGAAGGAGAGUCGCAGGGAGGGCAAGCCGGACGUGCACUCGUACAACUGGGUGCUUGAGGCCUUCGCUGCACACCCGCAGGAGAGGUACGAGGACACAUUGGAGUUCAUCGGGCGCAUGGUGGAGGAUAGCACUGUGCAUCCUAACGGCAAGACCUAUGCGUACGUGCCUUACCCUUGCACACUCUCCUCUUCCCUGUCACCGUGCGAUAUAGAAACCACGACAAUCGCCCUCCUUUUCUUGAACAGCACUUUCUGUCGUCUUUCUCGACUGUGCUUUCUCCCCCGCACUCUCCCCCCCACACUUUUUCCCUCGCUUUUCCCCUCUUCCCUCUCGCAUCCCAGUCUGCUAGUGGAGAUAUUCUGCAAGGACUGGAACUUCUUAUCAGAGGCCGUGCGGCACUUCCGAGCCCUGCAGCGGCUGCCAGGCCAGAUGGGCUGCCUGGACGUGCAGAGGGAGGGGCGCUACCACGCCACUGCGCUCUUCCUCAGAGCGCUGUGCCGGGCAGGUCUGGUGCAGGAGAUGCAGGAAGUUUUGCAGGCGAUGGUGCGGGACAGGGUGAAGCUGCCAGCAUCAGCACUGCUGGUGGACAAGCGCACGCGCCGCACACUGGUGUCGGCAUGGAUGCAGCCGUGUGACAUGGAGCCUGAUUAUGGGCAGCCCGUUGAUUACAUUCAGAGCCGUGCGACAUGGAACCUGAUUAUGGGAAGCCCACAGAUUACAUUCAACGGUGAGAUGCGGGGGCAUCGGGAUAAUGAGUAUCAUAUUGAGGAAAGCAUCAGCAUCAGCAUCAGCAUCAGCAUCAGCAUCAGCGCAUCAGCAUCAGCAUCAGCAUCAGCGCAUCAGCAUCAGCGCAUCAGCAUCAGCAUCAGCAUCAGCAUCAGCGCAUCAGCAUCAGCAUCAGCGCAUCAGCAUCAGCAUCAGCAUCAGCAUCAGCAGCAUCAGCAUCAGCAUCAGCAUUAG